UCCACGUCCGAGGGUUCCCCAACCACUUUUGAAGACGUAAUGGCUACCACAGGCCCUUUCGCAUCUACUCAAGUCAUGAUGGACUACUUCUCACGGGCAACGGGUCAAGAACAUACGGGCGACGAACUGGAAUCGCUGAUGGCUCCACGGAAGAUUGGGGAUGUACUGGUGUUGCCAAGAGAAGGCUUUGGGUGGUUGGCCCAUGAGCAUACCCACAGUAAAGGAGACCCUUCUAUUCUGGUAGAGCAUUUAUUCAUAGCCUCGUGGAGGCAAAGCCACCCAGGAUGAGAAGACUUCACCUUGAC